AUGGCCGCGGCGCCGUCCACCUUUUCCGUUGGCCGUAAAGAUUUAUUCCCAUUUUUAUCCAUUCAAAAAUCUUCCUUUUCCUCAGCUUCUUCAGCUAUUGAUUUGAAUUUACAUAGUAGCGGUGGGGGAUUCGGAGGAGGAAGAAGUGUUUGUUUGAGGCUUAAAGGAUGCGGCUCAUCUGAGAAUAUUAAUAAGAAAAAUGAUAAAAAUGCGGGGUUUAGUAAUGCUGGGGACGGCGGUGGUGGUGGUGGAGGUGGUGGUGGGGGGUUUUGGCUGCAUAAGGCUAGGGCAAUUGCGCCAAGCUUGCAGCAGCAUUUGUUCCGUGAACUAGUUUCUAAGGAUAUUAAGUUCAGGUUGGAGAAUGCUUUUGACGGCCAUGGUGAUGACGGCGGAAGGUGUCGGAAUGAUAGAGGAGGCUCCGUUGAAUUUCCCGAGGAUCAGCAUUUGCCGCCGGAGAAAAUUGCAGUCGCCGUUGAUGUUGACGAGGUUCUUGGCAGCUUUGUAUCAGCUCUCAAUCGGUUUGUUGCAGAUCGAUACUCCUCAAAUCACUCAGUUUCUGAAUACCAUGUUUAUGAGUUUUGCAAGAUAUGGAACUGUUCUCGGGAUGAAGCUGAUACACGUGUUCAUGAGUUUUUUAAGACGUCUUACUUCAGAACAGGGAUUCAUCCAAUCCCAGGUGCUCGGCAGGCUCUUCAAAACUUGUCCAGAUUUUGUGAUCUGUCCAUAGUUACGUCCCGGCAAAUUGCAAUUAAAGAACACACAAUUGAAUGGAUCGAGAAUCAUUAUCCAGGACUUUUUCAGGAGAUCCACUUUGGCAAUCAUUUUGCAUUGGAUGGAAAAUCCAGACCUAAAUCUGAAAUUUGCCGGACCUUGGGAGCAAAAGUUUUGAUUGAUGAUAAUCCAAGAUAUGCCAUUGAAUGUGCUGAAGUUGGAAUUAAGGUUCUUCUCUUUGAUUAUGAGAAUUCUUACCCUUGGUGUAAGACAGAGUCUGUUAACCAACACCCUCUGGUCACUAAAGUUUACAAUUGGCAAGAGGUGGAGCAUCACUUAGUUUCGUUGGUAAAAUCCUGAGAUUUUUUUUAUGAUUUCUAGGACGCCUAGUUACUCUUUGUUUAUAGUAAGUAUUUAAUAAAUUGAUUCUACUGGGAAGCAUCAGAGAAUAUCCUGAGAUGGGUACUUUCCUAUGUUAUUGGCUUUUGGCAAAGCAGCCAACUUGAUACUACUGGGGAAGUUGUGUCCUUGAUGCAUCAACCAAAGAAAAAGGAAGGUUAGAGGAAGACACUAUGAACUGCUUCCGAUAAGUGGUUUUUCCCCACUAUUUGGGGAUUGUAGGAGGUCAAUAUGGGUUUUGGCCUGUAAAAUUGCCGUGGCAAGACCCAUUCAAGCAUCACGGCUAUUUCAUUGUAGGAUGAAAACAUGAAAUUUAGGCAUGCUUCUGUUCUUAGUAAACACUUUUGCACUUAUGGUUCAAACGGUUCCAAGGAUCGAUUGUACGAUUUUACACACUAUGUUCAACAAGAUUUUACCAAUCCUUGGAUUUGGAAGCCUGUAUAUAUGGUAUAUACUGUCAAGGUUUAGGUGCUUAACUCUCUUUUUGUUGACAAAAGACAUUUUAGGAUCAACAUAGUAUUUGAUUGGUUGGAAAGUUAGGUUUGACAUUGCAUUGUAUCUUUUCAUAAA